AUGUCUGAGAUAUGUGGCUCAUGGGAAUCACUGAACUCAAAAGGUUGGAGGUUGGGCGCACGGACUAGAGGAUCAUGUAUACUGGCUUCGGUUAUGCCAACACACAUCCACAUCACACUGUCUGUGCUCUGUCAAGAACACAAAGAGGUGAUAUCUACAAGGGAGCCCGACCGUGUCUGUGUGUGA